UAUAUGAACGUGUACGGUGAAAAAGCUGAACUAUUUUUCAAGAUGGCGACAAGUUUACAUUUACAAUGUUGAAAUUUAGAUUUUAUUGUUUAUACCUUGUUUAAAACAAAAUGCAUUAAGAAUGACACAGGAAUAUAGCCGAGCAUGUCUGCGUGUGGCAGUGGCACAGAUCUGUCAACACCUGGGAUGGAACUCUAUACAUACAACACCCAUGGAGCUUUUGACAGAUGUCCUAGAGAGGUACUUGGUUCAAGUAGGCAAAGUGACCCAUAGAUACUCAGAACAAUUUGGACGGACAGAUGCUCGCCUCGAAGAUGUAUUCAUGGCAUUUACACACAUGGGUGUUCAAGUGCACGAAUUAGAAGAUUAUGUCAAACAUGUGGAUCCAUUACCAUUUGCCAAGGAAAUUGUGUCAUACCCAACACCCCAGGAAAAUGACUUAAAGUUCCCAAAUCCUGACAGUACAGAAGUACAGCAGAGGAAGGUGUUCGAAUAUGUCCCAGAAUAUCUACCAUACAUGCACCCAGAACUAAAUGAAGAAGAACCUGAAGAUACAAACCAAUCAGCAAGACCAGCCAGCCCAGAAAGACUACAGGUGGAGCCACCAGUUGUAGAAUUGAGCCCAAGUCCUGGUGACAAAAGGCCGGUACCUAGUCCAGGUGAUGGUUCAGUCCCACCAUUUAAAAGACAAAGGUUGACAACAUCGCAGCCUUUGCCAGAAGAAGCUUCCCAGUCGCAAUAUGAGAUGACCAGUGUUGUGAUGACUCAUAGUGGUAUACUUUCUCCCAUCAGGGAGGGCAAGGUGCCGGACUCCAAGGCCCCUCCUGCGGGCUUCAAACAGAUUGUCAUUGUUCGGCAGAAAAACGCUGGACAAGCUUCAACACCGGGAAUUCAUUUGCCGACAGAUGCAUCUGUUAUUAAGCUAGACUUUAACAAAGAUCCAAACAAAGGCGGUCAUAUCGUUGAAGUUGGAAACAAAGAGAAGGAUGCAGGAGCUUUUGACUUUGACCUAAAUGAUCCAGAGUAUAAACCAAAGGCAAAGAAGAAAUUGAAAGAAUUUAAACGGGAUAAGUUAUCACAGAAACCAUUCAAAAUAAAAAGAGGUCCAGGACGGCCACGUUCUCCAGGGAGAGCAGCUGUAGUUCACACUAAAGGAUCAAUUGGAUUUUCAAAGAUAUCAGCUGUUUCAGGAACAAAUCCAAUGGCUACAGCAGGACAGGAAGGACCCAUAGAUUUGUCUCUUAAGCCCACACCUCCUCCACCGAACAUCAGUGUUGUCAAAACAGAGGAUCAGGGGAAGGAACCAGAACUCUUGAAAUAUUUGGAUUACCGACCGAAAGUGACAGCUCUAAGUAAACAGCAAGAACGCGAUUAUGAGGACACAAUAGAUUCCGUUAUAGGGAAUAAGUGUUCAGAACCAGACUUUGAAAAAUCAGUGCACAAAGAGCCAACCGUUUCAAAAGAGAAGAAAUCAAAAGCAGUGGAUGAGUGGCGUGUGAGUCACAUCAGCGAAUCUUAUAUUAAAGAAGAUGAGGAAGAGAGCGAAAAUAAAACAGAGCCUUCGUCACGAUCUGAACCAGACGGUUCAUUUACUUCUCCACCACCAACUACCAUUGCCCCUCAUCUUAAAUUUUUGAUUGGGUCAGGAACAUCAGUAAGCCCAAGACCUAGGGGUCGCCCAAGAGGUAGUGGAAGUGGAUUUUAUAGAAGCUAUGCUGGUAGGUCACCAGUGAGCGGAAGACGGGGAAGGCCACCGUUGCACAGAGGUAGCCCGGGACGGCCACCACUCAAUCGCAGUCCUGGAAGACCACCUCUGAAUAGAAGUCCAGGUCGUCCACCCUUGAACCGAAGUCCAGGCAGACCAAGUAGUGGGCGAAGUCCAGGAAGACCAAAAGGUUCUGGUUUGAGUCCACGACCAAGAGGCAGACCGAGGGGAUCAAAGAGCCCUAGAAGUAGGGGAGCAAGUCCAAGAGGAGGAAGCCCUAGAGCUAUUUCUCACCUGAAGUUUGAUGAAAACAAUGACUCAAAUGAUUCUAGUACGCAUAUUUUCAAGCUGGAUAACACAGAUUCAGAAGCCACUCUGUUUGAGUUUCCAUCACGAUCACCAGCUUCAAAGUCACCUGAGAAAAAGGUAUCGCCUGUUCCGAUUAGCAGGACACCAUCAGCAGAAGAUAGAUCUUCAUCUAUGCCAAGUCCAGCACCGACAGAACCGGCUGAAUCAUCUGGCUCAAGGGAUGUCUCCCCUGGAAUGUCUCCAGGAUCAGUUCGAUCAAUACCUUUUGGACGAGAACCAGCAUCUGAUGACAAUACACAUUUUCCUUCAUCGAAAGAAUCUUCCCCAGCAAAGGAUCUGCUCAUGAGAGAUAUAAGUAAAGAGAGGUCAUGGGAGGCUGAAAGGGAGAUAAAACAAGAACGAGAUUUUGAUCACAAAGACAAAUAUGAUAAAGAAAAGAGCUGGGAAAGAGAUUACAAAGACAGCAGUAGCGAAAGAGAUUAUAAAGAACAUAUUAGAGAUAAAGAAAUAAGUGGAUAUAAGAAAGAACAUAAAGAAAAGAAUAGAGAUAAUCGCGAUAAAGAAAGAGAUCACAAAGAUCGCAGCAAAGAAAGAGAUAGGGAACUUAAAGAACAUCAUAGAGAUAGAGAUCAUAAAGAACAUUACAGAGAAAAAGAGCAGAGGGAAUAUAGCAGAGAUAGAGAGUACAAUAAAGAAAGAGAACAUAAAGAGCACAGGGACAGGGAAAAAGACAGAGAUUAUAAAGAGCAUAAUAGAGAUAAAGACAUCAAGGAGAAAGAACAUAAAGAACAUUACAGGGAUAGAGAUUAUAAAGAGCAUAGUAUGGACAGAGAUUACAAAGAGCACAGCAGAGAAAGAGAUCGUAAAGAACACAGUAAGGAGAGAGAACAUAAAGAACACAGUAAAGACAGAGAGCAUAAAGAACACAGUAGAGAUAGGGAAAGUAAAGAGCAUAGUAAAGAUAGGGACAGAGAUAGAUCAAAGGAACACAGGAAAGAUAAAAAGAAAAAGAAGAAGAAAAACAAGGAUAGAGAGAAGGAGAAAGAAGAUGACAAAGAGAAGAAAGAGAAACAUAAGGAGAAAAAAGAGAAGGAUCGAGAGAAAGAACAGAGGGAAGAGUCUCCGUCAGUAGUGCCUCUUCAAAAGUUGAAGAUAAAAUUUGGCGGUGGAUCAUCGUCAUCGCCCAAGUCAUUCAGUAUCACUACUGCUAAACCUGAGGCAUCACCAAAGCCAGGGUCAGUGUCACCAGUGAGUCGACCAGAAAUUCCAAAAUUGAAAUUCAAAAUGUUACCACCAAAACCUGAUGCUUCUGCAGAAGGGGACCAGUCAUGGGUAUCCUCCAUCAAAAAAGAAAAAUCGGCAACUCCAAAACACGAAUCUAUGAUAACUGAUUCACCCAGAGCAUCGCCUGGUCCAGGAUCAAGGACAGUCUCCCCAAAGCCUAAAUACAGUACUGCUAGUGGUUCAGACAAUUCUGAUGACGAUGAUGCAAAUGAGAAAGGAAAUAAAUCAGGUGAAGAGGAGAGGACUGUGUCUGUUGUGAAAGGAAAAGUCAUUGUAAAGAAACCUGGGAAAAGAGGAAAACGAAAAGGAUCAGGAAAGAAAGGAAGACCAAAAGGAGAUGGGUUUAAAAAAGAAGAAUCUGGUUUAUUGUUUGGCGAGCAUAAUGAAGGACUCGUGGCGGCCAUUAAGAGAGAGUCUGAAAAAGAGGCUUCUCCAAUUUCACCUCCAUUUUCUCCACAAAAUGUGCCAUCCCCUAUCACUAUCCCUGCCCUAAAAGCUGCUCCUCCCCCACCAUCUCCUCCCCAACCUGCUAAGAAAAUAUCCCCUCCAAAACCAAGGUCUUUGCUGAAAGAGCAGAAGCCAAUGUCCCCACUUGUGAAGGAAUCAUUAACACCUAAACCUUUGCCUGUACCAGUAGCUAAAACAGUUAAAGUUGUCAAAUCGCCCCGUAAAGUGUCGCCUAAGAAAUCACCAAAAAUCUCACCAACAUCGAAAAAGAAGGGGAGCAUGUCUCCUCCUAAAACAUCACCCAUAAAAUCAUUACCGUUCACUGACUUCCCAACAGUGAGAACCCCGUCGCCACGACGUAACUCAAGUCCAUCACCCUCACUCCCUUCGUCACCAAUGUAUUCCCCAGCUUCCUCACCAGCACGGGAUUCUCCUCUUCAUUUCCAGAUACCUCCUACCCCAGCAGCUUUUCCAUCUCGUACCCAUUCACCUUCACCCUCGCCCAUAUCCCGACAGAUAUCAACAGAUGAUGAAAUUGAAUCCAGCUCCUCAAGUAAACAACCAAUGCCACCACCAGAGUUACCACCAAUGCCUCCUACCUCUGCUCAGAAGCGUGCCCAAAGAACAGUUAUUACAGAGACUGUAGGGACAUUUGUGAAUGAAUCUGGUGAGAAGAUAUGGAUAUGUCCGGCAUGUACGAUGCAGGAUGAUGGUAGCCCGAUGAUAGGCUGUGACAUCUGUGAUGAAUGGUAUCACUGGGUUUGUGUUGGUAUAGAGAAGGAACCGAGUGAGGACUCAUCCUGGUACUGUCCAAAAUGUAUGAAACCCAACAAAUCUAAGAGCAAAAGAGGACGGAAAAAGAAAAAAGUUUGAUUGACCUUAAAACGACUUGACCUUAAAAUGACAAACCUGAUUGUCCCUAAAAGGACAAUACUGAGUGAAGCUUUAGGACGAGCAAGAAGAAUUUGAUAGCAUAAUGUGUACAGAAUUGAAAACAAGGGAUAUGUGGAAUGGAUAGGACAUGAGAUUAUUCAUUUAAGGUCAUGUGAUUAUUCAUUCUAGGUUAUGUGAUGAACCACUUAAGUUCAUUUGAUGCACAUAGGUUUUGACUGAGUUUAUGCAAUCAGUGUGAAUAUAUCAAAAAUGGCAUGAAAUUCCGUUGUGGUAUGGUGGUGAAACAUCUAGUGAUAGUUAGCCUUUAAAUCCUUUUCAUUCACUCUUUAGAACAAUUAUAAAAGCAAUUGAAUAAUUGGUGAUAAUCUAAGUUCAAAUUAAAAUAGUAAGUUAUUAAAUCCUUAAAUUUAAGAUAUUUGUGAUUAGAAAAAUAUUUUGGUGAUUGAUGUGGUAGUGAUAACAUUGACAUUCAAAUAUACAAGUUAUUGUGUUGGCAGCUAUUGAUUAUGGCAUGUAUAAUGAUUUAUUGCAACAAUUUAGAAUAGUGCUAUAUUGUAUAAAAUGUAAUAUUAUUGUACUGUGUACAGUAUUAAUUUCUAAAAUAAAUGUGCAAUCAACAA